AUGAAUAGUCAGAGAACUUUAGGACAGAGGAGAUGGCAGUCAGCGGCGGCAGUAUUGGAGAAGGCGGCAGCAGACCCUAGCACAUUAUCGCAAGAGACCAUUGUCGAGAACCUAGAUCCUGUCGAAGCUGCAAGGCUGUCGAAAGUUCGAAACAUAGGAAUCGCUGCCCAUAUCGACUCCGGAAAAACCACCGCAACCGAACGCGUCCUCUUCUACACUGGCCGUGUAAACAGCAUACAUGAAGUGCGUGGCAAAGAUGCCGUUGGCGCAAAGAUGGACUCCAUGGAUCUUGAGCGUGAAAAGGGUAUUACCAUCCAGUCUGCUGCCACCUUCUGUGAUUGGAUCAAGAAGGAAGACGGAAAGGAGGAGAAGUACCACAUCAACUUGAUCGAUACACCUGGGCAUAUCGAUUUCACCAUUGAGGUCGAACGUGCGCUACGAGUGCUAGAUGGUGCGGUCAUGAUUCUCUGCGCCGUGAGCGGUGUCCAGAGUCAAACGAUCACCGUUGACAGGCAGAUGAGGAGAUACAACAUUCCUAGGAUAUCUUUCGUGAAUAAGAUGGACCGUAUGGGGGCGAAUCCCUGGAAGGCCGUCGAUCAGAUUAACCAAAAGCUACGGAUACCUGCUGCGGCGAUUCAGGCACCUAUAGGACGUGAGGAUGAUUUCCUGGGUGUGGUUGAUCUCAUCAGGAUGAAGGCUAUUUACCACGAGGGAUCCAACGGAGAAAUCAUUAGGGAGACGGAUGAAAUCCCCGCGGACAUGGUAGAGCUCUGCAAAGAAAAGAGACAGAGGUUGAUCGAGACACUAGCGGAUGUCGACGAUGAGAUCGCUGAGAUCUUCCUUGAGGAACAAGAGCCGACUCAAGCGCAGAUCAAGGCCGCCAUUCGGAGAGCGACCGUCUCCCUCAAAUUCACGCCCGUUGUCAUGGGCUCCGCCUUGGCCAACAAGUCCGUCCAACCGAUGCUUGACGCUGUCUGCGACUACCUACCGAACCCUGCUGAAGUUGAGAACAUGGCUUUGGACAAGAAGCGUGCGGAAGCUCCCGUCAAGCUGGUGUCUUACAACUCUCUCCCCUUCGUCGGACUGGCUUUCAAGCUGGAAGAGAGCAACUUUGGACAGCUCACAUAUAUUCGAGUUUACCAGGGUACACUACGAAAAGGCAUGAACGUGUUCAAUGCGCGGUCAGACAAGAAGAUCAAGAUCCCCAAGAUCGUGCGUAUGCAUUCGAACGAAAUGGAAGAAAUUCAGGAGAUUGGUGCUGGUGAAAUCUGCGCCGUGUUCGGUGUUGACUGUGCCUCCGGAGACACCUUCACCGACGGUGCUCUCGGUUACACCAUGUCUUCCAUGUUCGUUCCUGAACCUGUCAUCUCGCUGUCGAUUAAGCCCAAGCACACCAAGGAUACCCCCAACUUCAGUAAAGCUAUGAACCGUUUCACUCGUGAAGACCCGACUUUUCGAGUACAUGUUGACCCCGAAUCGCAAGAGACUGUCAUUUCCGGCAUGGGUGAGCUCCACUUGGACAUUUACGUGGAGCGUAUGCGCCGAGAAUACCGGGUCGAGUGCGAGACUGGUCAGCCGCAGGUCGCUUACCGCGAGACCAUGACGAAGCGCGUCAAUUUCGACCACACCCUCAAGAAGCAGACUGGUGGAUCUGGAGAUUUUGCUCGUGUCGUGGGCUGGAUGGAACCCGCAGAGUCCCUCGGUGAGAAUAAAUUCGAACAGCAGAUCAGCGGUGGCACCAUUUCCGAGAAAUUCCUGUACGCUUGCGAGAAGGGCUUCAACGCGUCGACGCAGAAGGGACCCCUGCUCGGUCACAGAGUGCUAGGCACGCAGAUGAUCAUCAACGACGGAGCCACGCACGCGGUCGACUCCUCGGAACUGUCCUUCAAGAACGCUACACAACAAGCCUUCCGCAAGGCCUUCAUCCAGGGCGCACCCCAGGUUCUAGAACCCCUCAUGAAGACGACCAUCACUGCACCAAACGAGUUUCAAGGCAGCGUCGUUGGCCUGCUCAACAAGCGCAACGCCAUCAUCAACGACACGGAGAUUGGCCCCGAGGACUUCACCGUCUACGCGGACUGCAGUUUGAACAGCAUGUUUGGCUUUUCGUCGCAGCUACGCGCGAGCACGCAGGGUAAGGGUGAGUUCUCGAUGGAGUUCAGCCACUACAGCCCGGCGCCGCCGCAGCUGCAGAAGGAAUUGGUGGCGAAGUACGAGAAGGAACAAAAAGACAGGAACGCGUAA